UCUUCCUGUUCACGGAGGGGAGCCGCCACCGCCCCUACCCCUUCCAGAGCUCGUGCUCUUCCUCUCUUCCCCGCCCUCCUCGCACGCUAGCCGCCGGCCCCUUCCCCUUCUAGAGCUCGUGCUCUUCCUCUCUUCCUCGCCCCCCUGCACCGCUGGCCGCCGGCCCGCCGACUCCUUCGCCUCCGGGAAGUACCUCCUUGUUUGCUCCUGUUCGGCGGCGGCCGUGGUCGAGCUCGAGCCCGGGGGCGGCGGCGCGGUGUUGAGCACGGCUACGGCCCUAAGCGGCGGGGGUAGAGGCGUAGGGCGACGCGAGGCACCCACUGAGUGCCUCUCCACCAAAUCCGGCCGCCACCAGCUCGCCUCGGCCUCCUCAUCUUCGUGCAUCUUCGGGAAGAAGACGACCCAUGCUGAGUCGCCUCUGAUCCAUGGUGAGAAGACAGCGGUGAGUGCCCUUUCCACUUCCCCCAUUUCCACGGUCUCUCUCUCAGAUUAUCUGUUCAUCCGCUCGAGAUUUGAUUACGUGUGUCUGUCUGUUCAUUUGCGGGGGGAGCUGGAUCCCAAGGGCAGAGUUGCAGUCCUCUAGAGCUGCGGGGAAGAAGAAGAAGAAGAUGUGACUCAUAUAUUGCUUCUCUCUGGUGUGAAGACUCUUCCCUGGAAUCAAAGAUAUGACUAUCCCUCCAUCAUAUAAAGUGUGGCCAGCAGGUUGGUCCGCUGCGGGUGCUUGUGGCUCUGGUCGGUUCGUCCUGCUGCAUCUGCAGUCGCCAAUCUGCAGCUGGAUCGGUGGGUGGCGACAUGUUCGCUGUUUGGUCGAGUCGUCCACGGCGCUGUUGCUGCCGUCCAGGAUGAGCUGCUCAGCCUGCUACUCCAUGAGACUCCCUAGCAACAGCUGAAGAGAGGUUCCAUGGGAACAAGCACCCAUGGUUGUUGUCGCCGUUAGCAUCGUCCCUUAACUGCGACCCUUUAGACCGUUUGCUGAUCUAGCUCCCAGAAGGUCAGUGUCUGGGGAAGGGAAGUGGUUUCUCUCUGUAGAGGACGGUAAACAGAGAUAGAGGAGGCAGAUGUGAUAUGCUUGGCAUUAUGUUGUGAGGAUAGAGGGCCAUGGAUCUGCAUGUGGAGGCAAAUGGCUGCAAAUGAAGGGGCUAAUGGGGAUGAGGAUGUCUACGAUCCAAUGAAAGAUCCAGCAAGGAAGCCACGCCGGUCAAAUGAUCCGGGAUGGAAGUAUGGAUAUUGGCACAACCCUCCCAGUCGGGAAUCUGUUGUAUGCAAUCUUUGCGGCAAGGUAACUAUUGGAGGAAUCAAGAGGCACAAGGAGCAUCUUGCUGGCUGUGGUGGAGAUGCGAUUGGCUGUCCUAAGGCUACCACUGAAAUCAGGAGAGAGAUGGCAGCAUAUUUGGAGCAAAACAGGAGGAACAAGGGAGUAGAUGAUGAUGACAACAAUAAUGAGGUUGUGGAGGUGAAUCAAGAUGGAACAGAUGUCCCCAUUACCAAGCCAAGCUCAGGGACGGCAGCCAAGAGGAACAAGAGAGCAUUUGUUGCCAAGAUGCAAGGAAGAGGCAAGUCUACUGUUGCUUCCAACAACAAUUCAAAGCCAAUUGUUGCCAUGCUGCGAAGAACACCUGAGGAGCUUGUAGAUGAAAGACGUUCUGGGUGUUCUCAAAGCACCAUGGAGUCCAGCACAAAGACUAAAGAAGAGAGGGAAUAUGUGAAUAUCCAGUGGGCCUUGUUCUUCUAUGAGUGUGGCAUUCCAUUUAAUGCUGCAAGUAGUAGACAGUUUGAGAUUGCAAUUGAAGCCUCUUGUCAAUAUGGUUCAGGGUACAAGCCUCCUAGUGCCUAUGAGCUGAGAGAGCCAUUGCUUAAUGCUUGUGUCAAGGAAACUAAUACUUUGAGGAAGCAACAUGAGGCAGCAUGGAAACAAUAUGGAUGCACACUCUUGUCGGAUGGAUGGUCAGAUAAGAGGGGACGCCAUUUGAUCAACUUCCUUGUUAACAGCCCGGAGGGCACUUUUUUCUUGGAGUCUAUUGAUGCCUCAAGUGAAUCACACAGUGCUCAAAUGAUUGCUGAUCUGCUGGAGAAGAGAAUUAUAGAAAUUGGGAAAGAAAAUGUUGUGCAAGUUGUCACCGACAAUGGUGCCAACUACAAGGCAGCAGGCCACCUUCUAGAGUUGAGAUUCCCUACACUAUAUUGGAGCCCUUGUGCAUGUCAUUGCUUGGAUCUAAUGCUGGAAGACAUAGGAAAGUUGAAGGCAUUCAAGAAGCCUAUUGCACGGGCUAGACGUGUCACAACUUUCAUCUAUAGGCAUGGAAGAAUUCUUAGUCUAAUGAGGAAGAUGACAAAAGGGCUAGAUCUUGUGAGACCCGCAGCCACUCGUUUUGCCACAGCCUUCCUCACACUAAAGAGUUUGCUCAAUCACAAGGUAGCAUUGAGGAGUAUGUUUACAUGUGCCGCAUGGGUUGGAAGCAAAGUGGCAAAAACACAAGCUGGAUUGAAUGUGCAAGACAUUGUGCUCUCAGCUGAGUGGUGGCAUUCAAUUGAGGAUUGCCUUAAAGCUUCAACACCGCUUCUUCGAGUGCUUAGGGUAGCGGAUGGUGAUGAGAAGCCUGCCAUGCCAGAGAUUACAGCACUAAUGCUUUAUGCAAAGGAGAGGAUCAAUCAAAGCUUCCCCCAACAAAAUAAGCAACCUUUGCUCAAGAAGAUAUUGGGCAUUGUUGAGAACCGUUGGGAGACUCAAAUGAAUCAUCCAUUGUAUGGGGCUGCUCUUUAUUUGAACCCAGGAAAGUUUUUCCCUAUUGUAAAGAGGAAUGACGAUGCCUUAGUUGGGGAGCUAAGGAGCUGCUUUAAUGAUGUGCUUGCAAAAAUGGUGCUUGAUGCCAAUAUACGAAGCAAGAUUGAUCAACAAGCUGUGCUCUAUGAGAACCAUCGAGGAGUCUUUUCUAAUGGGUUGGCAACUGAAAAUAUUGAGAAAAAGGGCCCUCUUGAAUGGUGGUGUUCAUAUGGUGGUCGGGCCAUUGAGAUACAAAGAUUUGCGAAACGCAUUGUCAGCCUUUGUGCAUCAUCUUCCGGGUGUGAGAGGAAUUGGAGCACCUUUGAAUUUAUCCAUACGAAGAAAAGGAACAGGCUGCAAUGGAAAAGGUUGAAUGAUUGUGUUUUUGUUUCAUAUAACCGCAAGAUGAUGCAUAGGUUUCAAAAGAGGCGUGAGAAGGCAGGAGACACAAGCUUUGACCCUUUGGUGUAUGAGGAUUUUGAUUGGGGCAAUGAGUGGGUUGACCCAACAAUACCACUACCUCAAGGUGCUCGUGGGUGUCCUGAUGACAUCUCAUGGGAUGAUGUUGAUGUGGCUGUUGGUGCAUCCGCGAACCUUCAAGGUCGCAAUCUUCCGAGGACAGGUACUACACUUCAAAGGGGGCCUUCAGCUGUCCAUGUGCAGUUUAAAAGACAGCGCAAGAGACCUACAGCAACACGUCCAACACUACUUGAAGAAGAUUGGGAAGAGGAGGACUUGGAGCAAGAGCAACACUCAAGUAACCCCAGCCGCAAUGAAGAGGAGGAGGAUUCAGACUAUGUGCAGGAUGAUGAUGAUGUGAGCAAUGAUGAUGAAGAUCCAACCAAUGAUGACCAAGAUGGUGAAGACAACACCAAUGCCACCAUGGAUGAGUUUGAUGACGGUUAUUGAGACUUGGAGAUGACAGUUGAGAGUUGAGAGAUGAGAAAGUUGGCCAAGCCUUUUGCUAUGCUGCUAUUAUGUGGACGUUUUAGUGCUAUUCUAGUAGUAGACUAGUAGUCCAGUACUUUAGUCUAGUUUGUUGUGUCUAUGAAUCAGUAUCUUACUAUGGUUAUCUAUCCUAAAUUCCUACUGCCCAUUAGCUUCAGAUCAGUCUAAAGCGUCGCCUCGCUUUAUGCUUUACCGCUUAAGCAGUGAGGCCCCCCCCCCAGCGCCUCGCUUCGCUUUACCGCUUUAAAAACAUAGA